AUGUCUUAAGUAGUAGAUACGUCUGAUUAGAUAUCUCUAUUGGAACCAAACAAGGGAUCAUCAUUUGAGGAAAAUCAGUGUCAUAAAACCUUCUUCUUCUCGUGGGUUUAUCCUAUCUUGAAAGUUGGAAAAUCGAAACCCUUGACUUAGUUUGAUCUCAUAUCGAUUGACAAAAGAAGCAAUAUGAGUAGUUCAUACUAACGAUUCAUCAGUGUGUUCAAUAAAUCCAAUUUAGCAUUGAGUUUGUUCAAUUCCUUCAGAAAAUAAAUCUUGAUAUGUCUAAUAGCAUACUUGAUUGUGGCGACUUUGUAGUUAUGUCUCCCCAUCAUCACAGCGAAAUCCCAAAAGUAUUUCAUGUAUGAUCAGCCAGAAGAAAGGCCAUUGACUUCUAAUAUGUUUUUUUUUGCAGCUGUUCAACUCAUAUACAUGUUGUCACUCUCCCUAAUAAAGCCUUUCCAAUAGUUUUUUGCUUCUCUGGUGAGCAUUAAGAUACAGGGAGCUUUACAAUAGGAAAUUUUGUUAAAAACUCUUAGGUUCCCCAUUUCUCGAUCUCAACAUUAUUCGACUGGGGAACUCAUCAAUAUGUUGUAGGUCGAUAUCACGCAGACUUCAAAUUACUUUUAUAAUGCAAUCAUUUUAUAUACUUGCCCAAUCUAAUUGGCAUGUGCAGGCAUAGUCUUUUUUGUGACUUUGGGUGAUUAGGCAUUAGUGCCUGCUUUGGGAGCAAUAGUUUAAGCAUUCAUAGGAUUGACUUUUGGUUAUUUUUACGGAUUAGUAUAAAAGAAGUAUAUGAUGGCCAAGGAUCUGAGAAUGAAGGCAGUGGAUGAAGCCUUAUUGUAUUCAAAAUAAGUUAAACUAAAUUAAUUGGAAGACUUCUUCGAAUAGCGAAUUCAUGCCUAAAGAACAAACGAACUUUACCAUCUUAAAAACCAAGUUAUAAUGCUUAUUCUAAUAUAAUUGUCAUAAGGUUUGGUUGGUAUAUUUACUUGGGAGAUCUUGUUUUUCGUUAAUGACCCCAUCAAUUUUGCUAUUGUAGCCAUAAUGAUGCAAAAUUAUGAUAAUAUCGUGAGAAUCUUGGAAGAUUUACCAAUGCAGUUUAAAAAUUAUUCGAUGAGUAAAAACUCUAUUGAUCGAAUUGAAAACUUCUUCAAUCAAAAGGAAUGUAAUCAGUUAGAUUAUGCAAUUGAAUAAUCAAAUGUUGCUAUUGAUAUUUAGAAUUGCUCAUUUGAUUGGGAAUCUAAUGAUAAAAUGAAUAAGGAAGUUGAAGAUGAAUAAAAUGAUCAUGUUCCAAAAAACACAAGUAUAUUCAACAUCAAUUUGAAUAUUUAAAUAAAUAAAGGCUAGUAUGUGGCUUUUGUUGGAAACUCUGCUUCAGGUAAAUCUACCAUUCUUAGAUCCAUCUUGGGAGAAACUCAUAAUCAAUUCGGAAAGAUCUCAGUAAAUGGACGCAUAAGUGUGGCUACUCAAGAUCCUUGGAUCAUUAGUGGGACGAUAAAGAAGAACAUCACUUUUAUGAAUUAAUUUGAUAGUCUCAGAUAUAAAGAAGUAAUCAAAUGUUGUGGAUUGGAAAGAGAUAUUGCAUCAUUUAAAAAUGGAGAUGAAACUGUUUUAGGAGAAAAAGGUGAUAAUCUCUCUGGAGGACAAUAAAAGAGAAUUAAUUUAGCUAGAGCAGUAUACAAUGAUGCAGACAUCUAUUUAUUAGACGAUCCCAUGAGUGCACUUGACAUUAAAGUUAAAUAUCAAAUAAAUCAAUAAUGUAUUUAAGGCUAUUUGAAAAAUAAAACUCGUGUUCUCUUUACUAAUUCAUUAUCGAAUCUGUAGGAGUGUGACAUGAUUUACAUAGUUGAAGGAGGAAAAAUCAUUAAGUAAGGCAAAUUUGCUUAGAUUAUUGGUGUUGAAAACAAUAAAAUAUUGUCUCAAAAAGAAGUCAUUGAUAUAUAAUUUGAAGAGAAGCAUUACACUCCAGAAUUGACAGACAACCAAGAUUUAAGAUCUAGUUUGAUUUAAAAGGAAGAUUAAGAGAAAGGAUAAGUAUCAAAGGCAGUUCAAUCUUAAAUCUUCAGUUUUAUAGGAAGAUACUGUGCAAUCCUUUGUGCAAUACUGUAUUUUGCCAUUGUUCUUGCUUGUUAAUUAUUUGGCAAUUUCAUUAUGGCUUAGGACGAUAUAUCGGAUGCUGAUUACAAAGUAUUGGCAUAAACCUACUAUCCGUUUAUAUAAGCCCCCAUUAUCGUUGCAAUGGUUUUUAUGAAAAGCUAUUACUUAAUAAAAGGAUUGAGUACUUCAAAGGUUAUCCAUGAUAAUGUUAUGAAUAGCUUGUUGAAUGCUUCAUACACUAAAUUUUAUAAUACUAUUCUCAUUGGUAGACUGAUGAAUAGAUUAAGUAAGGAUAUCUAUAGUAUUGAUUUAUUGUUUCCGAAUGAAAUUCAGAAUUUAACAUACCAAUGCACUUCUUUGUUAUUGCCCUUAUUUGCAUGCUUCCUUUAUUUGAACAUAGCAGCACUACCUUUAUUAUUGCUGUUUUUCAUCAUUCUACUAUACUUGACUAUCAUUUAUUAUAGAUGUUUGAGAGAAAUAACAAGGAUAGAAGCCGUUUCUAAAAGCCCGGUUUUUUCUUUCUUUUAGUAGAUUGUCCGAGGAGUGACUUAUGUUAGAAGUUGUUUACCAAUUGAUAAGGUGAUAGCCUUACAAUAAAAAAAUGUAGAUAUUGAUUUAGGAAAUCAAAUUAAUUUGUACGGAUUUUAAUAUUGGUACCAGUCUUUAGCUGGGUCCAUAACCAAUUGCUUCUAAGCAUUCUUAUUCAUCAUAUGUGUAAAUCUAUUGGAUUAUAAUACUCAAAAGAUGACAAACCUUGUGUUGCAAUAGAUGUAAACAGUUUCAACUUUAUUGUUAAACUCUGCAAUUUCUUAUGGAAACAUAUAGAUGUAUUUCAUCAGUUUCGAAAGAUGCUUGCAUUUAGCAAAGUAAAUUGAAAGGAAUCAUCCAUUGAUUACUCCAUCUGGACAAAUUAAUUAAGCCAGCAAACCAAAAUCAGACAUAGUUUUGAAACUUGAGAAUUGUACCUUCUAAUAUCGAUCUAAUUCAAAAAGUGUCUUAUAAUAAAUGUCUUUGGAGUUACAUAAAGGAGAAAAGAUUGGUGUAGUUGGAAGAACUGGAGCAGGGAAGAGUUCCAUCAUUUUAGCCUUGACUGCAAUAUUAGAACAAAUUGAAGGAUAAAUUGAAAUUGAGGAUCAGAAUAUUAAUUCAUACUCACUUACUGAAUUGAGAUAGAAGUUUUCCAUUAUUCCCUAAGAUCCCUUGAUAUUCAUGGGGACAUUAAGAGAAAACUUAGACCCCUUAAACUAAUUUAGUGAAGCUAGAAUACUAGAAGUAGCAUAAAAGUGUAGAUUGUUCGAAAUGCAAAGCUUUAAAAAAUAUGGAUUAUAAAGUGAAAUUGCUCUAUCAGGAAGUAAUUUGUCUUAGGGAGAGAAACAAUUGCUGAAUAUCACAAGGUGCAUUCUUGAAGAUAAGCAAAUUAUAUUAGUUGAUGAAGCUACUGCUAAUAUUGAUUAAAAUACCGAAGAGCAUGUUAAGGAGAUUUUUGAAAAUUACUUUUAGAAUGCUGCUAUGUUGACGAUCGCCCAUAAAGUCACUACUAUUAUGAAUUCAGAUAGAAUAAUGGUGUUAAAUGAUGGCAAGAUUUCUGAAUUUGAUCAUCCUCAAAAAUUAUUGGCUGACCCCAAUAGUGAAUUUAAAUUAAUUAUAGAUCUUAUCAAGUAAUCAGAGUAAUUGUGA